AUGUCAACUCAUCAUCCUACGUUUGGCCGAACGUCAGGGAUAGGAAACGUGUUUAAGUCGAUCACUAAAUCACUAAAGACUUCAGGUUCUUCCUCAUCAUCCCAUCCAUCAAAUGUUUCAGUUAGAAUAAACCCCAUGGUCGUUGGUGGAAGCACCGAUCAACUACUUCAACAUCUACGAUCGGGCCCAUUACCAGCCAGAGCAUCUGCUGCUGCCAAAAUGACCGAGACCUUGGAGAGUGUUUCAUUGUCUUCAUUUCCUGAAGUGUGGUAUGCAGCAAGAGAUAUGUGUAACCCUAAAAUACAAUCUUACAUAAGGAGGAUAGCUAUAACAUUAUUGAUUCAAUGUAUUAAACAAGAUGAAAACUCCAUAAGUGAUAGACUCACUUUUUUCAAGGAUAUAACAUACUUUUGCCAAAUAAGUGGCUCGAAAGUGGAUGAUGAAUUCGAUUUGUUUAUUAGGGCCUUGAAAAAUUUAACAAACGACGGUAAGAUAAUACAUGACUUUUGCGUAUACGACCAAGGUAAGAACUUAUCACAGUUCUUACUAUCUGCUUUAAUUGCCUUGAGUAACACUCAAAAGAAGUUUAACGAUUCUGACAGUUGGAGAAGUGACAAAAACUUCAGGAACUUGAUCGAGUUGAACAAUCUUAUAAAGAAUUGUUUCAAGUUUAGCUUUAGUAUUCUUGAUGAAUCUUCAAUUACAUCUCUUAUCUCGGGAAUAUCAGAGCUUGUAUAUACCACUAAAAAUUCAAUAAUUAUGAACAGUUGCUUAGAGGUAAUCAAUACUGUUGUUGUGUUCGGUGCAAUCCCUUUCAAAAACUUCAAUCAAGUCAUGAGUUUAUGUUGUUACACUUAUGGUACUCUGAGCAAUGAAUUGCUUACAAAAAUCACCUGGGAAAUAAUACACAAUCUUUCUAUUGAUGCUACAUUUCAUCUUGUUUUAACAAGCUUAUGUGAUGUAAUGACAAAUCCAGAUUUACAGGUUCAAACUUCUACUAAUGGCCAUACAAACGGAACCCACACCUUAAGCCGUAGUAUAAGUUCAAGUAUCUUAUCCCAAUCAAAACGCUCAAUGAGUUCUGAACAGCUUGUUGCAAAAUCAUCUACCAAUAAUGCAACAGCUGGGUUAAUUGACGUCAGAAACCCAAUAAAUACAUGUAUCGGAGCAAUCCAAUUGAUGGAAAAAAUUCAAAUUGAAAGUGCUUUAGAGGAUAAACCCAACUUUAGCUGCUUUUUAAUACCUAUUUUCAAAGCAUACAAAAUAGCCUUAUCAUUCAACAUACCUUUAAUAAACACUUCUAUUCUUCGAAGUUUCGAUAGACUUUUUUCAAUUGAUGGAACAAAUGAUGUUUAUUCUGUGAAUUUAACUUUUGAAAAGCUAUUCCCCUUCCAUCUAUGGUAUUCGCCAACAUUCAGCAUUUAUGACGUUUUGGAUAGCUUGAAGCUAAACUCUGAUCUGGAUAUAAGCUAUUGGAAGUCGAUUUGUCUCUCAUUACAGGGCCUUUUCGAAAAUCAUAAACUACAAACUCCUAAAGAUAAGCUUGUUGGACUAUUUUUUCAACAUUAUAACAUGCUAGAUUCAAAUAACGUUAAUUUUAUUCUCAACUUCUACCAUGAAGAAAGGUUAUGUACCUCAGUUAGCCCUUUUGCGGCGGAGAACUGUAAUGAAUUACUUAAUUGUUUUUAUUAUGGGGUAAAUUCAAAUUCAGAAAUUUCACAUUACGAUGCUAGCAUAAGGAUCGAGACAUUAAAAAUAAUUAAGGAUUCAUAUAUACUUUCGAUGAAACUUUUCAAUGGCUUCCCAAAAAUUGAAGAUAUAAUUUAUAAUAUUUUCAGAAGGUCGUUAAAUGAAAAAGAUCCUCUAGUAAUAAGAUUUUUGGUUAAUGACUUUCUCCUGGAUAUUGGAUCCAGAUCCUCAUUUUCUUUCUUUGAAAAGCUAUUGAAUAUUUUCUUCCCACUAUUUCAGGCACGUUCUGGUAACCAGGAUAGGCUAAAGAGUUUUAUUUCGAUUGGUUCAAUUGGCUCAGGGUCUCAGUACAGCAGGACAAACGGUGCACUAGCACAUAAUGAAACGACGAUUAACAGUGAACGAAGUAUUCCUGAUGAUAAUUUAUUCAUCAAUGAAGAUUCAAAUUUUAGAAAAUCUAAAAUUCACCCUUUAAUGUUGGUCACAGUUGGUGAAUCAUUGGUUGGGUUAUUUGUCAGUUGCUCGAAUAAAUAUCCACGUAAGUCUCAUUUAUUAUAUAAAGCUAUUAUCCAAAUGUUACAAUAUUCGCUCUCAACUGAUAAUAUUGAAUUAUCAUUGACUAUGAUGAGGUGCUUAGUUAGGAUAAGAGCAACUCUGGAAAAAUAUGUGUACUUCAUCCAACCAACCGACAUGGAAGGAUUGGCAACAGCCUUGGGAAGAAAUACAAUGGCAUCUGAUUUUCUAAAUGAAGAUUUUAAGUGGAUUUAUCCAGAAAGCCCCGAUUAUUUACCAGAAGAGUUUUUUAAUAAGCCAAGUAAAAAGUUAAAGCUAGCUGACCUGAAGUCUAUCAAUUCGUAUUUAAAUGGGACUCAAUAUGAUGAGUCGAAUGAUGAAUGCACAAUUGAAAUGUCCCAAUGGCUCAGGAUUGUGCUUGAUGUAAUGGAAAAUGUUUACCAUUGGGAGUUAUAUACUUUUAUAUGGGCACAUUUCUGCUCGCAAUUAUCCAACAUGGAGUUGUUUGCUGACUAUCAAGAACUAAUUGUUAAUUUGCAACAAAUCAUUUGUGAUCAAUUAUCUUUGAACUUACCGAAAAAAUUGUCUAUACCCAAAGCAUCAGUUACUAUAACUAAGGCUGACUUGCAAGUUGCAUAUGUAAGGACCCUAUCUGGAUUAUUAGGUUAUCAUGAAAUGUUCAGCAAGUAUGAAGAGGAUCAGAUAAUCGGCUCAUUAAUCUUUGGAUUAGGAUCAUGGGAUAAAACUGCGAUUCCAUGUAUUCAUAUUCUAACAGUCUGCUGUUAUGAGAUCCCAAUAUCUAUCAAAAAGUACUUGACUGCAAUUUUAACAAAAUUACAGACUAGAGUUACAAGUCUGAGAGCAAGUGCCCAUACAUUAGAAUUUUUAGUAUCAUUAAUUCAUUUACCAACAUUGACUUCCAAUUUCACAACUGAUGAAUUCAAACGGGUUUUUGCAAUUGCGUUCAAAUAUAUUCAAUAUUCAAACGAUUUAAGAUUGAGAACCCAAUAUGAACCCCAGUCACAACCCAGCAUAGCACAUCAACAGUAUGGUGCUGAGACUAAGGUUGAUAAUAUGGUGUCUACUCAACUGGGAGAAAACAGUCCUAUGAUGAAUCAAUAUUUGUUACAAUUAUCGUAUUCUGCGAUUCUGGCCUGGUUUCUCAAAAUUGAUAUGAACGAGAGAAGACAAGUAAGUGGAUAUUUAGUUAAAAAUUUAAUUUUAUCCAAUUCGGACGAAAAAGAACUCGAUGAUCAUACAAUUGCAUUCUUGGACUUAAUAAUAAGAUUCACCUAUAGUAAUUUACCAGUUAAAAAUAUUAUUCCGUCCAAAAUAUCAAAUACAAGUUUAUUGUCCACCGAAAAUAAUAUAAGUACGAAUAGAUGGAUAUUAGGGAAUAGUAUUAUUGGAAUUGACACAAACAUUCUUAAUGGAGAUUCAGUAUUAACUAUUCGUCGGCCUACCGGGGUUUCAAUUUUGAAAUUAUCGUUAGAUCCAUCAAUGAUACCAGAGUGGACAGAAAUAAAUGACGGGAAUAAACUUUCUAAAAAUUUUAGAGGAGAUCGUAAUAAAGCACUCAUAAAUUCAAAUUAUCUACUUUUGCAACUAUUUAAUAAUGUGGAUAAGGGGAAUAAUUCGAAACCCAUACCAAUAAUUGAAGAUGCUGCUACAUUAAGAGCAAUAUCGUCAUUAGAUCGUAUUCCGAUUGUUGAAUUCCACAAGGUUGGAAUCAUGUAUAUUGCACCCGGGCAAAGUAGUGAGGUUGAAGUAUUAGGAAACGACGUUGGAUCGAGAAAUUAUCAAAACUUUAUCGAAGGAAUUGGUAGAAUAAUCAAGUUGAAAAAUUGCAAAGACGCAUACGUUGGAGGAUUAGAUACAGAAAACAAUUUAGAUGGAGAACAUGCUAUUUUUUGGAGUGAUGAGGUAACUCAUUUAAUAUUUCACACCACUAGUAUGAUGCCUAACAACCCCAAUGACAAAUAUUUUGAUUUGAAGAAGAGACAUAUUGGGAACAAUUAUGUUAAUAUUUAUUUUGAUGAAAGUGGACUACCAUUUAACUUCAACUUGAUUAAAUCACAAUUCAAUUUUUUGAAUGUAGUUAUUUCGCCUCAUACAAUAACUAGUGAAUUUUUAUUAAGUGAAAAACCAAACAAUAAAGAAAAGUUUUUCAAAGUUAAAACUUACAGAAGGGAAGGGGUCCCCGGGGUAUUCUCUACAUGUCAUUUCAAGUUAAUCCUGGAGAGUCAAUUAGCAAUCUUCAUAAGAAACUUGGUUCUUAUUCUGGACGACUUUGCUAACGUAUGGCAUUCCAGUGGUCAAAGUUCAUAUGUAUCUAAUUGGAGUCAUCGGGUGAAACAAAUUCGACUUUUGAAAGACAAGACAUUGAAAAAUCACCAAGUUCUAGAAGAAGAACAACAACAGCAGCAAUUACAACAACUGACCCAAGCUGCAUCUAACCAUCAUCACCAUCCGUCAUCCCUAAGUUCAGCAAUCGGUGGUGAUGCCAAAUCCAACCCCACAAAAGAUGCUACCUUCUCCUUCAUGGAACAGCUACAAUAUGAAAAUACCCAGUCGUCUCCCGCAACCACUAAUCUUGCGAGCGGAGAGUCAACUGGUAAGUACGAAUACGUUUCCAAUAACGAGAACGAACUAUAUACAUUGCUCGAAUUCAACUCUUACACUUAA